GCGUCCACGUCCUUUAAAUACGGCCUUCCCGGGCUGGCUGCGCGAGGGUGAGGUUUGGGGCGUAGCGCGUGAGGCGUGGGUGUUGCGGCCGAGCCGCCCCGCCGCCGAGCGCAAGUUGAGUGUAGAUGCUGGAAAGAGCUUGCCUGUCUUGAAGGCUUUGCUGCUUCAACAAUUGUAUGGUGUCCUGAAGCGGAAAUACAGGAAGAUGAGCUCCUAUGUAUCCAUGAGUGAGCCAAAGUUGAACUGGGAUGUCUCCCCCAAAAACGGCUUGAAAACAUUUUUCUGUCGAGAAAACUAUAAAGAACACUCCAUGGCUCCAAGUUUAAAAGAACUGUGUAUUUUAUCUAACAGCCAUGUAGGGGAAAAUUUGAAUGCCUCAGCAAGUUCUGUAGAAAAUGAGCCGGCAGUUAGUUCAGCAGCUCAAGCAAAGGAAAAUGUUAAAGCCAGAGUUGGAAUGAUUCUUCUUCCAAAGCCAAGAGUACCUUAUCCUCGUUUCUCUCGUUUCUCACAGAGAGAGCAGAGGAGUUAUGUGGACUUGUUGGUUAAAUAUGGAAAGAUUCCUGCAAACUCCAAAAAUGUUGCAAUAAAUAAAAAUGAAUACCUACAGUACUUGGAUAUGAGAAAACAUGUAAAUGAAGAAGUUAAUGAGUUCCUGAAGUUUUUGCAAAAUUCUGCAAAGACUUGUGCACAGGAUUAUGAUAUGCUGUCUUAUGAUGCUCGUCUUCUCACAGAGCAAAUUUUGAGAGCUUGCAUUGAACAAGUAAAAAAGUAUCCAGAAUUUUAUACUCUCCAUGAAGUCAACAGCUUAAUGGGGUUCUUCCCAUUCAGAAUAGAGACAGGAUUAAAGUUAGAGAAAACCCUUCUUGCACUGGGCAGUGUAAAAUUUGUGAAAACAGUAUUCCCCUCAAUGCCUGCAGUAGUGAAGCUCUCAAAAAGUAUUAUGUCUCCCCUGGAAAGUCCAGAGCAAAUAGCUGAAGCUAUGCACUAUGAUAUUAGUAGAGAUCCAAAUGCAGAGAAGCUUGUUUCAAGAUACCACCCUCAGAUAGCUCUGACAAGCCAGUCACUGUUUACCUUAUUAAAUAAUCACGGACCCGACUACAAGGAGCAGUGGGAAAUUCCAGUUUGUGUUCAAAUUAUACCUGUUGCAGGUUCCAAACCAAUUAAAGUAAUUUAUAUUAAUUCCCCGCUUCCUCAGAAGAAAAUGACAAUGAGACAGAGAAAUCAAAUUUUCUAUGAAAUUCCAUUAAAAUGUAUGAUGUCCAAAAACACAUCUGUGCCAGUCUCUGCAGUGUUUAUGGACAGACCUGAAGAGUACAUAUCUGAAAUGGACACAUCCAGUGAAGUUAAUGAGUACCGAAAAAUCGAGACUCUGGAAAAUUUGGAUCUAGAUUUUGAUGAUGAUGUCACGGAACUUGAAACUUUUGGGGUAACCUCUACAGAACCACCCAGGUCACCUGGUACAGCAAGUACUUGCCCAGCACCCAUUGUGACAGAUGCACUCCCAGCCUCCAGAGCAGCUAAUGCCCCCGUGGCACCAGCUGUCACAGGCACCUCUGCUAAUUCCAGAAGUUUGUCUCGGAUUCUGAUGGAACAGCUGCAAAAGGAGAAGCAGCUGGUCAUCAGUAUGGAAAGUGGCCCUGAAGAGCGUGAAAAGAAAGACAGUCAGGGACCUGGACCACAUGGUGAACAGGUGGCCACGCCCAGCAAGGCUACGAUGCUAGAGAGUGACCUGAACACACCUGAAAUCUUACAGGUGGGAAGUUCCAAGGAGGUUGAAAGUGCUGAUGACAGUGACCUGGCUGCAGAUGUGGAGUGUGCCGAUGGCGAAAGGCUAAAUGUCCUAGAGGACAGGGACGACUCAAAGGAAAAGCCCGGUUCCGCAGACACAGCUGGAAUGGAGAAAGGAAUUCCUUGCAGUAGUGAUACUGACGAGGACUGUUUAAUCAUUGAUACGGAGUAUAAAAACAGCAGUGACGGAAAAGCAGCUGUUUCAGGCUCUCAUGUGAGUUCUAAACCAGCAAGUCCGAAUUCUUCCUCAGAAAAGGGUUCUGUGGGAAACCAGACUAGUGCUACUCACAGUUCUGAAGAGUGUGUUUUAAAAAAACCAAUCAAACGAGUAUAUACAAAAUUUGACCCAGUUGGACAAAUUUUACAAAUGCAGACAGAGCUCUUAAAGCCAGUUUCCAGAAAGGAACCUGAAGUACUCCUAAGGAAUUCAGAAAAUCCUAAACAGCCCCCCGUUUCUGAGCAAUCCUGUGCUCCUUUACAUACCAGUAGUUGGCCAAGAUCUGGCUGGCCUUCCGCCUUUCAGAAGCCAAAAGGACGAUUGCCAUAUGAACUUCAGGACUAUGUUGAAGAUACAUCAGAAUAUCUGGCUCCUAAAGAAGGAAAUUUUGUUUAUAAGUUGUUCAGCCUGCAAGACAUACUGUUGCUCGUACGUUGCAGUGUCCAGAGGAUAGAGACAAGACCGCGAUCUAAAAAACGGAAGAAAAUCCGAAGACAAUUUCCGGUUUACGUACUGCCGAAAGUGGAGUAUCAGGCUUGUUACGGAGUUGAAGCUUUGACUGACAGUGAACUUUGUCGCUUAUGGACUGAAAGUUUAUUGCAUUCUAACUGCUCAUUUUAUGUUGGACAUAUUGAUGCAUUUACUUCAAAGCUUUUUCUGCUAGAAGAAAUUACCUCUGAAGAAUUAAAAGAGAAGCUUCCAGUACCCAAGAUUUCAAGUUUACUUCACAUCCUCCAACACACUCUGAAAAAAUUAAGUAGCCUGCAGGAGGGGUCCUACCUGUUGUCUCACGCAGCAGAGGAUUCUUCCCUCCUGAUCUACAAGGCCUCAGAUGGAAAAGUCACAAGGACAGCAUACAACCUGCACAAAACACACUGCGACCUUCCUGGCGUGCCUACCACUCUCUCAGUCCCCUGGGUGCCCCUGGACCCCAGCCUCCUGCUGCCGUAUCACGUCCAUCACGGACGGGUGCCUUGCACUUUCCCCCCAAAACCAGUGAGCCCUACAUCAUCACAAAAGGUCGCUGGCCCCAAAAUGCCUGCCCGGGCCCACAGGAAUCCGGUUUCUGUGGAAACCAGAAGCAGCUGUUUGCCUGCUCAGCAAGUUGAAAAUGAAGGAGUGGCUUCAAAUAAAAGAAAAAGAACUUAAGGGCUGUGACAUGGAAAAUGAAGUCUCACAGAAACCCGUUGGAACAGUGUAAUUUUGAAAGGUUUCAGGGAAGUGUGCCCAAGAGAGCAGUUGGCAAGAGGAGCAUUUUUCUUUUUGGUGCCCUUAAGAGUCCCAGAAAAAAGCCUGGAGAAGGAAUGCUUGUCCUGGGGGGGGGGGGUGUGCUCUGCUCCCUGAAGUCUGGGAAAGUCUCCGUCUGGUUUCACUUUAUCAUGGCAGGGAAAUAAAGAAGAGAAAUAUUUUUAUAGUAGACCUUUCCCGAAAAAUUGUAAGCAGGAAAAUCAUGUUUUUUUUAAAGGAGUAUUUAUCACAAUGUACUGUGUCAGUGAUUUGAGUUAAAGAUUAAAUGUUGCCAUUGCGGGAAAUGAGUGUUGUAAGCCUUGCCUCUGACCCACUGAGUUUUUUAUACUACUUUAAAGUGAUGAUUGUUGCACAUUAAUAAAGGUAACACCUUGAAAA